AUAAAUAAACAUAAGUUGGUAGUGAUUGCCAUUGAGAUCACUUAAAUUUUUAAUCAAUGAUAUCCUUUUUUACGAACUUUUUUCUCAAUUUCCUACUAGACAUUUAAAGAUUAUUUUAAAGUUGAAUUGUAACGAAUAUUGCAUUGAAAAAAAAAAUAGUAGCAAGUAUUUUGCAAAGUCUUUCAUACCUUUUCGUGUGCCUUUGUGUAUGCAAAUACAUACACACAUGUAUACAUAAUAACAAUUAGAGACAAUUUAAAGACCGCAUUAUAAUUACGGCAACUACUCUCUUUCACAGUUUGCAUUGAUAAGCCCAAUGCCAUACAAGAGCAACAAGAAAACAGGUGCGGUGCUCAGAGUUGACUGAAUUUCCACUCAAGAGAUUGAGUAUUUUUGUUCAUAAACGCUUUACAAGGAAAACAAUUGUAAAUCUGCCUCAGUAUUUCAUUUGCAAAAAAACAAAGAAAAAUAAAAUACACAAGUCUGUUGUCUACGUAAAUUGACUUAAUAGCCUCGCGGAACGACCACUGGAUUGCUGUUGUUAUCAGCAUCGCUAUGUAUGCAAAUAUGUAUAUGUAUACAAUUUUUUGUCAAUUUAUUACUGAUAAACAUUAGGCAAAAAAACAGCAAUAGGCAGUCAAUCGAAAAGCUGAAGCUCCCAAUUAAUUCAGAUUGUGACCGCCAGUGUUGCUGACAAGUUGUCGAGUUGUUAAGCCAAGACGCAAAUUCUGAUACACUGUAAACCUAAAUUUUCAAAUACCUAAAACUGGUUCAUUCAAAAUUUAACAUAGUUGCGGUUAUCUAGUAAAGAUUCUUGAUACCACUUGAUGAUCAUGUCCGUUGCGGCCAAUACGUAUUUUGUUGGUGUCGAUGUUGGCACGGGAAGUGCCCGUGCGGCGCUGGUCGAUGUGAAAGGCACUGUGCUGAAGCAGUGUGUGAAGGCAAUAAAAACUUGGAAUCCCGAGAGCGAUCACUACGAGCAAUCGUCUGAGGAUAUUUGGCGCUCGGUGUGUCAUUGUGUGAAGGAAGUCACCAGCGAUACCAACAAGGCAUAUAUAAAAUCAAUUUCUUUCGACGCCACAUGCUCUUUGGUCGUGUUGGGCACAAAUGGCAAGCCGCUAACGGUAAGCAAUACCUUUAACAGUGAGCAGAAUAUAAUACUGUGGAUGGAUCAUCGUGCUCAAGCUGAAGCCGCACUUAUUAACGCAACCAAGCAUGAUCUGCUGAAGUACGUCGGUGGCCAAGUAUCGCUGGAGAUGGAAAUACCUAAGUUGCUGUGGCUGAAGAAAAACCUACAACAUACUUGGGCGAAAAUUUGGCGUGCAUUCGACUUGCCUGACUAUUUAACAUGGCGCAGUACAGGCGUGGAUACACGCUCACUUUGUUCGGUGGUCUGCAAAUGGAAUUACGAUGCCAUGAAUAUGCGUUGGAGCGCAGAGUUUUUGAAACAAAUCGGUUUGGACGAUUUAUGCAAUAAUAAUUUUGAAAUCAUUGGCGAACGCGUUUAUGAGCCGGGUGUGGCGGUGGGCGAUGGCUUAACGAAUGAAGCCGCCGAAGAGUUAUCGCUACUGCCUGGUACAAUUGUCGGCACAUCGCUGAUUGAUGCGCACGCCGGCGCUUUGGGUAUGUUCGGUUGUCGUGCCGCGUUAGAAGCAACAGAUAAACAGCUCACAGCAUCACUUGAAAAUCUGCAGGGCAAAUUGGCACUUAUUUGUGGCACAUCCACAUGUCAUAUGAGUUUGACACGGGAGCCGUGCAUGGCCCAAGGUGUGUGGGGUCCUUACAAGGGUGCCAUACUACCGAAUUACUUCCUCAAUGAAGGUGGACAAAGUGCUGCUGGUAUAUUGCUGGAUUUUGUGGUUAAAGGACAUUCACAAUAUGCCGCCAUACAGGCGAAACUGGGUAAAAAUGAGCACAUCUAUACAUAUUUAAAUAAUCUCUUGGAGAAAAUGGCUAAAGAACGCAAAUAUGAAGACAUUUGCUACUUAACAAAAGAUCUGCAUGUUUGGCCCGAUUUUCACGGUAAUCGUUCGCCUAUUGCCGAUCCGAAUUUACGUGGAAUGAUCUCAGGCCUCAAUAUGAAUGCCGAUGAAGAGUCGUUGGCUCUCUUGUAUUUGGCUUUUGUACAAGCUUUGGCGCAUGGCACCCGUCACAUUAUUGAUAACCUCGUCGAAAAAUACAAACGUGUGCCCUACAAUAGUAUGUUGUUUUGCGGCGGCUUAGCUAAGAACAGUGUGUAUGUGCAAGCCCAUGCUGAUAUCUGCCAACUGCCAGCUGUGAUACCUGACGAGCAAGAAAUGGUUUUGGUCGGUUCAGCAAUGUUGGGAGCAUGCGCUGCAAAUACUUUUGGUAGUCUAGAGGCCACCUCCAAAGCAAUGGGCGGCACUGGUGUACUGUUAAAACCAAAAAGUUCUACGAAAGAUUUUCAUAAUCGCAAAUAUCGUGUUUUCCAACGAAUGCUUGAAGAUCAGCGUAAAUAUAAGGGAAUUAUGGAAGAUACAAAAUAGCAUAUCUAUGUAUGUACAUACAUAGGUAUGUUCCAAUGUUUUUUAAGUUUAGGAAAUUAUCUAAUGAUACUUUAUUGUUACGUGUUUUGGCUUGAAAUUUUCAAUGACUUUUUGUAGAUUACAAUGAACUUUACAUUCAAUAUAUUUAGUUAAUUAAUGUAAAUAAUAAAUUAUGCGUUGUUUUAUAUUUUGGUAGCCUACUGCGCGUAACCGCACUUAAUAUUACAAAUAGAUUUUUAAUGUAUUUAUUUAAGUAAACAAGUUAUGUGGUAUACGAAC